CUAUCUGGCUAUCGAUGCAUAUGUUCCGGGCGGCUCAUCUCGUGAUUCGUAGAGGAUUUAUGUACGUGUUACAUCCCCUGUCGCGCAACUUGUCUCUCGUUAUCCGUUGAAGUCCUGAGAUUUAGACUUGGCACGUUUGCGAGAGAAGGCCUUGCGAAACGAGAGGGGGAUACAUAUGAACGAUGUCGUUCGACCAUUCAUAUAGGGCGACGUCGCUGCCGACCCAAGCGCCGCCUCUGGCAGAGAGGAUAACCGAUGACCCGGUCACGAUCAAGACGGCCCAGAGCACGGUGACGCUGGCGUACCAGGCCAACAUCGCCGGGUACUGGCACAAUGUCACCAUCAUAUGGUGCAAGAACCUGAUGAACCACUCCCUCAGCAUCACGGUGGACAGCCUGGAGGGCGACUUCCACUACACGUGCAAGAUCGACCUCAAGCCCUGGCACUUCUGGAGCAAGAAGGGGUACAAGUCCUUUGAGGUCGAGUCGAACCGGGUGGACGUGUAUUGGGACCUCCGGUCGGCCAAGUUCUCGGGGAGCCCCGAGCCGUGCACUGACUACUACGUGGCCCUCGUCUCGGACGAGGAGGUAGUCCUGCUGUUGGGGGAUUACAAGAAGAAGGCCUACAAGAGGACCAAAUCCAGGCCUGCCCUUGUGGAUGCUGUCUUGUUCUACAAGAAAGAGAACGUGUUCGGCAAGAAAACGUUCGCGACGAGGGCCAGGUUCGACGAGAGGACGAAAGAGCACGAAAUCACGGUCGAGAGCACGACUUUCGGGCACAGGGAGCCUGAGAUGUGGAUCAACAUCGAUGGGGCUUUGGUGAUUCAUGUGAGAAACUUGGAUUGGAAGUUCAGGGGGAACCAGAACAUCUUGGUGAACAAGCAACCUGUGCAGGUGUUCUGGGAUGUCCAUGACUGGAUGUUCAAGAGCCCCGGCACCGGCCACGGGCUGUUCAUCUUCAAGCCCGGGCUGGUCGAGGCGGAGAGCGACAAGGACGGGAGCAGCCGUGGGGCCAACAGCGACAGCAGCACGGCCAGCAGAUACUACUCGGCGCGCACCGGCUCGACCGCGCCGGAUUUUUGCCUCUUCUUGUAUGCAUGGAAAGUCGAGUGAGACCAGAGACGGUGAUGCAUUUCUCCACGAUCUCUAUUCUUUUGGACGGGACGCGAAAUGAACGCGCCGGUUCGUUUCGAUGCUGUGAAUUUGCUAAAUACAUUUAUAGUCGUGUAAAGAUUCGUAAUCGUAGAUUUUGUUACCGAUGAAAAAGUAUAUGGGAAGAAAGAUUUCU